UUUCUGUGGAUUGUGGUGUUGAUAUCAGUGAUCAGAGCUGAGUCACGCGUUUCAGAUGCGCCUCCCUUGGAUCCUACAGCAAGCUUCAUAAAAAAUGAAACAACAGGGCCAUUGCUGUCUGCGUCACCAUCUUCACAUUUCAGCACAUCUGGGGGCACACAAAGGACGUCUUCAAGUCCACUUCCAACCCAUAACCCGAGGACUAAAGAAAUGGCACAUACAGAAGGAACCACACCCCUUACUCCAGAUCCAACCCCCACAAAACUUAAGAUAACGUCUAAUCCGCAACUGGAAAUGACUCAUCGACCAAUAUACCAUCCUUUAACAUCUCAGUCUUCAAACUCCACUCCACAACGUGAGCCAUCCAAGCAGAAUGUAGCAACCGUGAGCUCAUUUCCUGAUAACUCCCUGGAGCCCUCUAAAGUGGGUCUUAGCGACUACCAGGCGGACCAGGCCUUACCUUACCCUAACGUUGGAGGUUCCAGUAAUUCCCACUUAAGACCAAGCAUUGCACCUUCCUAUACACCGCAUUUUUUAGCUCCAAGUCUUAGCCCUCACCUCACUUCACCUCUGUAUGAAGCAACCGAAACUCCACCGGAUGAUAUUUUCCCCACGGAUACAAUGGACAUAGACUGGGGAUCUGGAGAUUACCUUGAGACGAUAUCGUAUUUGGGAGCUGACGGAGAGGACUACUCUUUGGUUACGAAGGUGCCAACGGAAAUGUUCGAUAUGGACGAGGAUACGGAAAUCUACGACACUUCUUUUCCGACAAGAGUGGGGGUUUCUUUAACAUCGCUGCAGCAUUUUUUGACUUCGCCAACCCUUGCGACAGCGCAUUUCGUCUCGUCUCAGUUUACAAUCAAACCUACGCCAUCCAUAACCCCACACGCAGACAUAGCAGAGUCCGCGAGCUUGGACUGGUCAGAUCAUUUUACAAUUGACCCGACGGAUGUCCUCCUCCCUGAUAUGAACAGCUUGGAAUAUUACUCAACUCAGCAAGAGAAUUCCAACAGCGGAGCAGAGCAACGAGGGAAUGUAACCGUAGUAGCCGUCUCGGAAAUUACGCCAACGAUGAGCUUUGAUAAUCUGACGAAAGAGGAAGCGUCGAGCGAUUCGUCAGGAGCAGAGCCUUAUUUUGAGACUACAAUUCCACCUGUAAAUGUUUCCGAAAAUACUCUUGAACCUUCGAAAACGGUUAAUUUUUCCUCAACGUGGGCUAGUGAAAUCUUAACGCCGACAAAUCAACAAAUGGAAAGCAGCUUGUUGGCUAAUGCAACCUCGUCAGUCACCGAUGAAGUCAUAGCGUACUCUUCUUUCACAGAUGUGCACUGGUUUGUGACAGAGCCCUAUCCGGAAACGCCCGUGCACUCAACUCCAGUUUUGACCCCAACCGUAGCGUCCUCCACUCUUCCGACGGAAAUUUCUGACACCACGACCAUAGAAAAUUCCACUAUUCCGGUUUCAUUUGCGACUGUAGAAACGGCCACCACAGAAACGCCAGUGAAGGAUGAAGGGACGACCGAAGAUGGAAGAGACAUCCCGGCUACGAUUACCUUCUUACCCGAAAGCACCGAGGCAGAUACAAGGUCUACGACUACUGAACCAGCAGCUGUCAACACUACUCCACGUCAAGACCCCCCGAAAAUUACCACAGCGACUCAAAUGUCCAACGAUGUCUCUGUAACUCCCCCUGUUCAACCUCUGCCCACAACUGAGCCAGCCAAACAGUAUCUCUGUGACAUCGACAAACCAGAGUAUUUAGUCAAAAUAAGUUUUCCUUUUGGAGCAACUAUUGGAUAUGCCAAGUCUCAAGUCCGAGACAUUCUGAAAGCUGAGUUUAACAAAUCAGUCGAAAUACAGGUUGUCUCCGUGCCUCCAAAGUUUGUGUUCCGCGUCGUGUCUGGUCCGGUUGUGUACACCGCCAUCUCUGUCAUCAACGCUCUGCUGAGGUCUGGACGGCCCUUUCUGUCAGUAACCCCCAGCUGGGCCUUACCCGACUAUAAAUAUCAAGUCCACACAGUGCUGCAGUUCGUUCCCAGUCACAUCGACAUAAGGUUCUGUAACUUCACGGAGAACAUCGAGCGAGGUCUGACCAGGGCCUUUGGGGAGAUCCGACGGAGGUCAAAGAUGUCGACCAACUUUACUGUGCAUAUUGUAAACAUCACAAACUCCACUCCAAAAACUCAGGGCCAGGUCAUGAGGCAGCCGGUGGACAUUAUUUUUACAGUGCGCGGUACGAGGGGUCACGUGAUGGGCUCUGAGGUCAGCAACGCUCUCCUGAAGCUCACGAUGGUGGAGUUCAGCUACUACAUGGGCUUUCCUGUGCUGCAGAUCGCCGAACCUUUUCAUUAUCCAGAACUGAACACCAGCCAGCUGCUCCGCUCCUCCUGGGUUAAAACAGUCCUUUUAGGUGUAAUGGACGAAAAGGUUAAUGAAAAGACCUUCCAAGCCAACAUGGAGAGACGCGUUGCUACGUUACUGGGAGAAGCGAUGGGGCUGACGCGUCGUGUCAAGAGAGCCACUACUGUAGGCAACAGCAGUGUGCAGGUUGUCAGUACGAGUCGUCUGGCGGGCGAGGAUCAGCCGUUGGAGAUUGUGUAUUUUGUGGAGGGUCCCGACGGAGAGAGGAUACCUGCAGUGGAAACAGCUGGCCUACUUAACAGCCUGGACGUACAGAGAGCCGCUAUUGUCCUAGGAUACCGUGUUCAGGGCAUUUUGGCACAACCGGUGGAGAAAGUGGCUUCGUCUCCGGCUGAAAACGUGAACACAAACUUAUGGAUCAUUAUCGGAGUGGUGAUACCGCUGCUCGUCGUCAUCAUUAUCAUCUCCAUCCUUUACUGGAAACUGUGCCGCACAGACAAGCUGGAGUUUCAGCCGGACGCCAUGAGCUCCAUGCAGCAGAGGCAGAAGCUGCAGACUCCCAGUGUAAAAGGCUUCGACUUCGCCAAACUGCAUCUUGGCCAGCAGAGCAAGGAUGAUGUCAUGGUGAUACAGGAGCAGUCUGGCGCUCCACCCCUCCCCGCGCCCGUUAAAGAGGGUUUGACUCCAUCAGAGAACGGGGAAAUACCCACUCCCGUCUCCAAAGGCUCCUCCACCAAAGCCUCUCACGCCAGCCGGAGGAGGGAGAGGAUCUCUCCCUCGGACGGCGACUCGGUGAUCACGGACCACUCCAGCGAGCGCGAAUCUGCCGAGGACAACCUGAGAGGGCACGCCACGCCCAGCGACGCCAAGCACACGCGUAAGCACCACAUCAAUGUUUUAAACGGCAAGAAUAGAAUCGGUCCUCCUCCUUCGAACGGCCCCGGUGAGCAGCUGUCGUCGGCGUCCAUCUUCGAGCACGUUGACAGAAUGUCCCGUGCCGCAGACGCAGGAAGGAGACCAAACAAAGUCCAGCUUAUCGCCAUGCAGCCCAUGUCUGUGCCGCCCCUGCACAGCCCCACCGCCAACGGGAAAGUGUCUGACCCUGAGCAGAUAAACCACGAGAUCCAGGUCGCUCUGAGGCAGAAGUCGGAGAUUGAGCACCAUCGUAACAAAAUCCGCCUGCGCGCCAAGAGGAAGGGCCACUACGACUUCCCCGCCAUGGACGACGUGACGAAUGGACCGAGCGAAAACAAGGAGCAGGAGCACAUCUAUCAGAAGGCACAGUUACAAAUAGAUAAAAUCCUGGACCCAGAUACGCAGACGCACCCCAUUUUUAUAGAGCCCAAAAAGAGUGGCAGAGGCAGGCGCUCUCCCAAACAGAGGAUUAAGGACCCGCUGAAUGGAGGUCUGAUGGAGGCAGACAAAGAUCAUCUCAUCAGUGAGGACUGCGACGCUGUGUACAGAAAGUAUCCCGGAGUCAACAAUGUGGCCUAUGUGUCGGACCCAGAUCAAACUCCAGGAUCUCCUCUCCGCAGCCCCUCACCCGUGGACGACGUCUUUAUGGGCCCAGGCUGUUCCCCUCCAGGCCACGCCCCCCCUCCUCCCCCGUACAUGCCCCCUCAGCCCUCCAUCGAAGAGGCCCGGCAGCAGAUGCACUCCCUGUUGGACGACGCCUUUGCCCUGGUCUCGCCCACCUCUCAGGGCAGCACGGCGGGCAUCACCCUCCCGGGGGUCAACGGAAACCACUCGAGCUCCAGCCCCCCCGGACACUGGGGGCUUUCAUACCAGCCGUCGGGUCCUUUCUCUACCAGAUUUAGUGAUCUGUCUCCACCCCCGGUCCAAGGCCGGACGCCAAGACAGGGCCUUGGCUCCAGUUUCCUUCCACCAGGAGAAGCAGCAGGACUCAGUGAGCAGCUCCAAGCAGACAGCCUGUUCUCCAGCAGGGGGCACUACGCUGACGAGCUGCCUCCAUCCGCCAGACCUCGACCUGUGGGGAGCACUGCAGGUGUCCACCAUCUGACACAGGUGGGCCUGCCCAGCCGCAUGAACGGAUACCCUGCAGGAGGCAGAGCUGCUCUGGGCCUUAAUGGAGGAAUUGGCUGGAAUCCGUAUCAUGACAACUUCAGCAGAGCUGAGCUGGAGAAAGAGGCAAUGGCUAGAAGUGGUAUGAGGGAGGCCUCCGCUCUGCCUCCCCACUUAGACUCCUCUGGGGUGGGCUACAUGUCAGCGCCUCCUCCCCUGGACCCCCCUCCCCCGGCUCACUCCUCUGCCUCUCUGAUAAAAGCCAUCAGAGAAGAGCUCCUACGCCUCUCCCAGAAACAGGCAGCUGUGCCCAGCUACCACAGCUAGGAACAGUCCCACACUGGCCCAAAGAUAAUGCUUCCCAUGGAAGCCCCAAAGACUGUACAGCCGAACAGACACAAAGCAGUAUCAGAGUAUGUCAUGUGACCAGCCGCAGAAUGUUCAUAAGGUGAAGUAAAACACAGGUCAUACUAUGAAUGCUACGACAUAAACACCACCGUUGGACUUGUCUUAAAAAGGUCUGAAAAAGAAGUCUUAUGAUGUUGUCAUUCUAGUAAUACUUUCACCUGCCCUAGUCACUUCUUUGUAUUCUCUUUCAAACCAUUGAGUGUUUGUUCAUUUCUGAUGCAGACCCUUGAGUUUCAUCACCUUCUGGUGCUACAUACUUUUGAUUUCUGCCAUAUUGAGCCUGGCUUUGCCACUGACACUGUGAGGCGUGUGAGGAGCCAGAAGAACACAAAACUGGAGAACAGUGUCACUACCUAACAGCUCC